AUGUACUAUGAGCUAUUUGCGAUUGCACGUAUAACCGACCCGCUACAUGUAACGAAGGAGGCUACAAAGAUAGCCUCUACUGUGGGCAAGUUGAUUUUAAACAAUAGAGGUGUUGUUAGAGACAUCACAAGUCUAGGAGCCAAGCCAUUGCCGAAAAUCAUAUCGCGAGAGCAAGAAAGACACUUUCAAGGGUUACAUUUCAUCAUGGGUUUUGAUUCCUCAAGCAAGGUGCAAGCACAGUUGUUGAGAACAUUAAGAAAGGACCCAAGGAUACUAAGGGCAAAGACUCCUUGGGUAGAGAGAAGUGCUCAUAUUCAAGGUGCUCAUAUUCAAGGUAUGGAUGUGGAUGUAAAAAGCCAAAGCAAGGCACGAACUAAAUCGCUAUUGAACAAUGGAAAUGACCACUUUCGGCCCCUUACAGAAAGCCAAGAUUACCAACAUCUAGAACGACGGUUUGCAGAUAGUGUGUUGGACUUUGAACGUAUGGGCACAGAUAAUCAAACACUAACACAAGAACUACACCAGCUCCAAACGGAGUUGGACAACGCUAAAGGUCGGUGUCGGAUCUAUGAAAAAACUGUUGAGGAGUUGGAACUGGAAAAGGGCCAGCUUUGCACUUUUUACACACAACUUGUUGACAGUUUACAGCAGAAGGUGCUGGAUUUGGAGAUGGAGCUACGCCACCAGGACAAUAGCACCUUAUUGGAUAAGGUGAUACGAGAUUACAAGAUCCUUGAAAACCAAUUUGAAGUGGAAAAGAACUCCAAGUUGGUGCUUAUGGACCAAGUGGAAUUCCUUGCUCAUAAGAAUGACAAUCUCUUGAAACAAAUCCACAUGGGCUCAUGCACGAUGGAGGAUAGUGCUACAGACAAUACCUCCAUUAGAGUCAAUACGGACUUUCAGUUCCCUCCUUCCCCAGACCCCGACUCCAAAAGCUUGAAGCGACAGUCUCUCCCAGCCGAGCUCAAGCCCAAACCAAAACCAAAACCAUUCGACACUUCUGAGUUUGUGCUAUCUCCCUUCAAGCUCACAUCGGCAAAUACAUUCAAUGACGGAGCAGGCAGCACCGAUGGUGAUGGUGAUGACGAUGCAAACACCUCGAUUGUAAAGAGGUACUCUAGUUCCAAACCAACACACAUUAGAUACAACAGCCACGAUAUACUACCAGUGCAGGUGGAGUUUGAGGAGCAAAGAGUCCUGUCGAUGCCCGAAUAUGUCAAGCCGUCGCCUCCACCAAUACCGUUUGAUGUGAUUCAAGAGUCGAUGGAUGACUAUAGGAAUGGUACCUUGUUUGCAUUAAACGGGUACGAUACUUCUCAUGGCAUAUCGUACGACGAGAUUGAGCUGUCAUCGAAACGAUCCAGCUACAUCCAACACGAUAGCCGCACGCGGCAAGAGAUCACCAAACUAAAGUUUGAGUUACAAUCGUUGAAAUUGCACAAUGAAAAAUUACUCUCAUACAUUGGGUUUGAGUUGCAGAAACAAAAGAAAAACAUCAAGAAGUUGGCCAAGAAACAGUCGCUCAACUCCAUGUCAUAUGAGUACUCCGAUGCAAAGCUCAUUAAAGAUUCCAGAGACUUGCUUAUUAAUAAAAAGAGAGUGCUAAGAUCUGUUUCCAUCAAUGCGGCGUAUGACGACCUCAUCACCACACCUGGUAUAGCCACUUUGGGAUUGAAAACACCCCAAUCUGCUCCACAUUAUGAAGAAACAAACUUUGUCAACGACAAGAUUGUUAAAAAGUUUGCAUCGCAAGUUUUUUCCCGAGCAGACCUCUCUUCGCUAGAUGAGGUGGACUCAGAUAUAGACACUACUUGGCAACUGAACGAGGAAGAGGACGAUGAUGAUGAUGAUGAGGAGGAGGAGGAGGAGAAGGAGAGACUCAUCGAUGAGUAUGCAUCUUCCUCCGAGGAAGAGCUGGGAAUGCUAACCCAUAUCAGGCAUUUGGUCAUGGGUAAAGACACAAAAUACAAAAAUAAAGAGGAUUUAGUCGAUGAUAGCUUGAAGUUCAAGUUUUUGACAAUCGCUUUAGGUAUUAUGAUUGUAGGGUUCAAGUUGACACCUCAAUCUCAAGUAAGAGCCUAG